AACAACUAAUGUAACCUGGAGCUGAACAGUGACCAACAGGGUUGUGUUCUUAGUAACAACUUUCAGUCUAGCUUUUUCUGCUGUUAUUGUUUUCUUCUUAUAAGUGUAAGAAAGCCGAAUUAAUAGCGAAGUGUUCACAACACAACAGACGUCUCAAUGAUGCAAAGCCAUGGACCAAAGUACAAGUAGGAGGGAAUUCAGGGACACAUCCCAUUGGCUGCUGGAGGGGAUGGGAAUUUAUAGGAAAAAAACAUGCAACACUUGAUUGUCUCUAGUUGAGACUUUACUAGAUUCACGGAGCUAUGGCAACCCAAACCAAGCCUGUACUCCAUGGAUACUUCAGAAGCUCCUGCUCCUGGAGGGUCCGGAUUGCUUUUGCUCUUAAGGGCAUUGAAUAUAACCAUGUUGCAGUCAAUCUUAUCAAAGAUGGCGGUCAGCAGUUUACAGAGCAGCACAAAACAUUAAACCCCAUGCAGCAGGUUCCUGCUGUGGAAAUUGAUGGCACCACUCUUUUUCAGUCUCUUGCAGUGAUCCAGUACAUUGAUGAGACCAGACCAGGACCUCGUCUUCUUCCUGUGGACCCGAAGGCUCGUGCCCAGGUUCGGAUGAUAAGUGACCUUGUUGCCUCGGGGAUACAGCCUCUGCAGAAUGUAUACGUACUCCAAAAGAUCGGAGCAGAGAAGUUACCAUGGGCGCAGCACUUCAUUAACCGUGGUUUUCAAGCUUUAGAGACCAUUCUGAAGGAAACUUCAGGCAAAUACUGUGUAGGUGAUGAGAUUUCCAUGGCAGACCUUUGUUUGGUCCCACAAGUCUACAAUGCUCAGAGGUAUAACGUGGACGUGAGCCAAUAUCCGACCAUUAAAAGGAUAAAUGAGACCCUGCUUGAGAUUGAAGCUUUCAAACUGAGUCAUCCAUCUCGCCAACCUGACACACCUGCUGAUCUUUCAGCAUGAACUGAUGAUAGUGUGGCACAAGUACAGUGUUAAAUAAAAUGCUUUAAAGAAGUGUUUUAUUGAAUCAACAUUAAAUAACAAUGAAACUCAAAAUAUUCCAUACAAAUAUAUUUCCAACAUCAAAUAACUCAGAUUUGUAAUAGGCAAAACAUGCAAAUGAAACAUUUGUUACGCAAAGUGCAAGACCUCAGAAAUCAGUGCAUACAUUUUAUUACUGGUGCACAAUCUGUGGUUACACUCUGAUUUAUGACCAGAAUAAAGCAAAAGAAACCUA